AUGCAGGACAAAGCUGUUGAGGACUUUUCGGGAGGAUGGAGAAUGAGAAUCUCUCUGGCUCGUGCUCUGUUCUUAGAGCCCACCUUACUAAUGCUUGAUGAACCUACUAAUCACCUUGACUUGAACGCAGUUAUUUGGCUGGACAACUACCUUCAGUCAUGGAAGAAGACGUUGCUUAUUGUUUCUCACGAUCAAGGAUUCUUGGAUAACGUUUGUACUGAUAUCAUCCACUUGCAAGAUCGAAAACUCCAUUAUUACAAGGGAAAUUACAGUAAGUCAGUCUUAUUUUGGUCACCGAUUUUCGGUGCCAGUGUAGUUGAGCAGAGCCAUACUGCAGCGCCUAUGCGCCCCACUCCUGACAAGUUUUAG